UGUUUACAUUUUGUUCAUUGAUUAACAUUUGGUGAUCAUCUUGUCAAUUUAAUUGUUAUAUUUAAUUGUCUUUCCGUUUAACUAUGGAUUUAUUUCCUGUUUUCACGGGAAAACAAAAGAUUGGUCCACUUGAUCGGCCAUUACCGAAGGUGAAAUAUGAGAUUAGUGUGAAUGCAUUUGCAUUUUUAUUCUCAGAAGUGGUUCAGUACUGUCAUAGUAAAGUGUAUACAGUUCCCGAGUUACAGAAAAAACUUUCAGAGAUGGGUUAUCAUAUUGGACAACGAAUGGUUGAUUUAAUAUUUCUUCGAGAGAAAAAUUUCAAAAGAGAAACUAAACUAAUCAACAUGCUGAUAUUCAUUAAAACUAACCUGUGGAAAACAUUGUUUGCCAAAGAUGCUGAUAAAUUGGAGCACUCAAAUGAUGAUCCAACAACAUAUUAUAUCAUAGAAAGUGAUCCAAUCGUCAACAAGUAUAUUUCAUACAAUAGAGAUAAAGGUAGUUUAAAUUGUGCUUCUUUCAUCGGUGGUAUAAUCGAAGCUGUUUUAAACGAAACUGGUUUCAAUGCUAAAGUUACAGUUCACUGGCACAAAGGAACCACUUUCAUGAUUAAAUUUGAUCAAGCUGUAAUCGACCGAGAUAAAGCCAAGGAAUAAGUGAAACAAAGAUCACAAAUUGAGAUCACAAUUAAUGGUGUUUUUAUAAUUUUAAUCUCAAACAGAAAAUCAAAAUUCCUCAAAAUUAAUAAAUUAUAAUUUACAAUUAAAA